UGUUCGUGGAGAAAGAAAGGAGACACAGAGCCUCCAUCUGCAUCCUGCAACAUUUUUUUUACCUACCAUAUUGUGUGGAUGACAUCAUUGCAGGAAGAAUGCGCAUCGUCUUGAAGGCAUCUUUCCUCUGGAUUCACUUUGAGAGGAUUUUCAUUUAAGAUCAAGAACAUGACACCAGAGUGUCUACUCGAAUGUCGACUGAAGUACUAAUGAGAUAUCUUCGAAUUUAGAAAUGAACCCGACUUUUGAUACCAUGCCGUCCGCCAAGGUGCACAUGAACAAGGUGAUGCGCGAGGGCUGUGAGCCAAACUCGUUAGAGCGACUUCCUCCUUCUGCGAGCUGUAAUAAACCUCUCACUCCUUUCAGCAUCGCAGACAUUCUCGGUAAACCCAGUGAGGGCACAAGGGCUCACCUGAGUUCACCUGUGCGCAUGAACCGCCGCGUCACGUCUCCCGUGAGCCAGACGUCACCGCUGUGCGCCCUGCAGGAGCUGACAAGUAAAACCUUCAGAGGUCUGGAGCUGGGCGUGAUCCAAGCAGCAGAGAGUAGAGAUGGGCUCAGUGUUUUAGGCCAAAGGAGCAAUCCGAAAAAGCGCAGAAAGUCCAGGACAGCGUUCACACACCACCAGAUUUACGAGCUAGAGAAACGUUUUCUGCGUCAGAAGUAUUUAUCUCCCGUGGACCGAGACCAGGUCGCGCAGCAGCUGGCGUUAACCAAUGCGCAAGUCAUCACAUGGUUCCAAAACCGCCGCGCCAAACUGAAGCGGGACAUGGAGGAGCUGAAAGCAGACGUGGAGUCGGCAAGAUCAGUAGGAGCCGUGCCUUUAAAGGAAACAGCCGCACUGGGUGAGCUGGAAGAAAGUACUACAGAAAGCAAGGGACACAUGGGAACACAGUGGUCCUCUCAGCUUAGACACGAGCUGCAGAGCGAGCACAAAUUGUGCAUGUUGCGCUCCACGUCGUCCUGCUUUUCAGACCACACAAGUCACACUGAAUCUGAAGACGAGGACGUGGAAAUAGACGUGGAUGACUGAUUGCUCACCCGGGUGGUGCGAGAUAAUAAAUGACAGACUGCUCCAAAUCUGCUUUUUCAUUACUAUUCCUGUUCUGUUUAUAAUAUCAUGGAUGACUAUAUUCCCACAUUUUGUCAUGCUGUGUCUAUACACAUGUCGUUUCACUCCCAUGUUUGUGCGUGGGGUUUGAUUUACAGUCUUUAUGGGAUUCUGAUGAAACAGAACAAAUGACUGAACUCAUCUACGAGUAUUUAUAACAGAUGGGUUUAUCCUGUUUGUACAAUGAGGGUUGUAUAAUAUUGUCGGAUCAAAACCUAUUACCUCUAUAAGUGCCUUAAAUCUUGGCAUUGUUUUAUUCUAUAGAUUUCGUUUUAAUGUGUUUUGAGAAUAAAACUGAUUAUUUACAAACAAUUAAA